ACAGUGCCUCCGAGUCGUCCUUUUGCGCCGUUGCCCUCAGCACCGGCCGCCACCGCUUCCCCAGCACCAGCCAACGCCCUGCACCCGGGCUCUGCUCCGCCCCGCCGUCCAACAUCAGCCGCCGCCAGCUGCAGGCCUCCAGAUCCUCGCGGUCGUCCCCCACCGGCGUGCUCCAGAUCUAGAGAUUUUGAGCCACCAGCCCACCGACGAGCUCUCGCUGCAAUUUGAGCUCCUCAACCGUCAGAUCACACGUAUGGACGUAUCUGAUCGUUUGGGCGUCGCUCCCUUGCGUUCAUCGGCAGCGUACCAAGAAAAUACCUCUUCUACCCUCCACUCUCUCUGCAGACAUCUCGUGGUCUGUGAGAGGUUGGCCGCCCACUCCGAGGGACAAAACUGGAACGCGCAAAAUCUUGUGCAGUCCGUCGCCUGUCCGAUUCGCCGGCCACGAUGAACAGCUCGCUCGCGAGGCAGGUGGGCCCGCCGAUCCGGCCCGGCUGCGCGAGCCACCGCGGUCGGUCCGGCUCGGUCCGGUGCCGCGCCGAGGCUGCGCCGCCGGCGUCCGUCUCCAGGACCGGGCCGUACACCGGGAGGGACCCGGAGGUGAAGAAGCCGGCGUGGCUGAGGCAGAGGGCGGCGCACGGGGAGAAGUACGCGCGGAUGCGGGAGUCGCUCGGCGAGCUCAAGCUCAACACCGUCUGCGUCGAGGCCCAGUGCCCCAACAUCGGCGAGUGCUGGAACGGAGGGGGAGGCGCAGGCGGGGAAGGGGACGGCAUUGCCACGGCGACCAUCAUGGUGCUCGGCGAUACUUGCACGCGCGGCUGUCGAUUCUGCGCUGUGAAGACCAGCAACAGGCCUCCGCCGCCAGAUCCCAUGGAACCUCUGAACACGGCCUUGGCCGUUGCAAGUUGGGGAGUAGACUAUGUUGUGCUGACAAGUGUUGAUAGAGAUGACUUACCUGAUGGGGGGAGUGGCCAUUUUGCUCAAACAGUGAGAGCUUUGAAGGAGCUCAAACCUGGGAUAUUGGUGGAAUGCUUAACCUCGGACUUUCGAGGUGAUCUGGAGGCUGUUUCCUCUUUGGCCGAUUCUAAUCUAGAUGUCUUUGCGCACAACAUUGAAACUGUCAGGAGUCUGCAGAGAAUUGUGAGGGAUCCUCGAGCAGGAUAUGAGCAGAGCUUAGCUGUUCUAAAACAUGCAAAAAUUUGCAAAGAGGGGAUGAUAACCAAGUCUUCUAUCAUGCUUGGUCUUGGGGAAACUGACGAGGAGGUGAAACAAGCCAUGAUUGACUUAAGGGCAGUUGGUGUUGAUAUUCUCACAUUGGGCCAAUAUUUACAGCCAACAGAAAAACAUUUGACGGUAAGAGAGUAUGUGACGCCUGAGAAGUUCCAGUUUUGGAAGGAGUACGGAGAAUCGUUGGGUUUUUGUUAUGUUGCUAGUGGACCUCUGGUCCGGUCUUCGUACCGUGCAGGAGAGCUCUUUGUCGAGAAUUUGGUCAGAAAUAAGAAGACUAAGCCUGCAUCUGCCUCCUCUUAGGUCUCAACCAAGAUAUGUCGACCUACAAAAGCAAUCCACCGGAUGCGUCCGCUUUGUAUGUUCAGAGCAGCACCAGAAUAGCGGGGGCGGCACAAUCAUUCUAUUAUUCUGAAAGUUUAUCCCCUGCUUUUCUUUUUUGAAUAGCGGGGGCGGCACACACACACACUUUUUUAUCUUUACUGUAGAUGCCCAGAUGCCAUUCUUCUUGUUGUACAUCAUUACCUUUGAAAGAAUAUAAGAAAAGCUAUUCAUGAGUAUUUCACA